AUGGUAAUGAAAUCAACGAGGUCUGAAGAUUUAAUGGGUGAAAAAGUCGAUCGAUGUAUCGCGGAUAGUAUAUUGAAAAUUUGCGGUGGUCUUGCUAUAGGAAUCGUUUCAUCAGUGGCUUUAUUCAAAGGACGUUUAUUUCCAGUAUGGUUUGGUUCUGGUGUUGGUCUUGGAAUGGGAUGGAGCAAUUGUCGACAUGAUUUUCAAAGUCCAUUUUUGCUUCAUGGUCGAAAAAUUCUUACUGACCAUAUUAAUUCUUCAAAUAAUUCGAAAGCCGAAUAUACGAUUUUAAUUGAACCGGCCACUUUUCAUCCUUCGUAA